AUGGCUGGAAAGGUUGAACCGAAUGAUUUAGGCACAAGGGGACAAGAGGAUUUAAAUAAAGGAUCAGCAGAACAGUUUGAUUCUUCUCUAUUGCAAAAGGCUACACCUGAGUACUUACAAGAGCUUUUGAUGGAUAAAAAGCAGUUGCAGAGCAUGCCCAACAGUUUUAAGCAUAUAGAGUUAAUACUAGAAAAAGAAAUUGCACAAGUUCGUGAACGUCUGUUUCACAAGAAUGGCUCUAUUCAAAAGAACAAUACAGAGUUACCCGACCCAUCGGGCCCCAUAAUAACCCUCCAGAGGAAAGUGUAUAUUCCUGUUAAAGAAAAUCCUACUUAUAAUUUUGUUGGAAGAUUAUUGGGACCAAGAGGACUCACCGCAAAACAGAUGGAGCAGGACCUUGGUUGCAAAAUCAUGGUUAGAGGGAAAGGGUCAAUGAGAGACAAAAGGAAAGAGGAUCAAAAUCGGGGCAAGCCAAACUGGGAGCAUCUUCAAGAAGAACUGCACGUGCUAGUGAGCGUUGAGGAUUAUGAAAGCCGAGCCGAACUCAGGCUUCAGCGUGCCGUGAAUGCCAUCAAAAUAUUUCUUGAACAGGGGUUACGAACUGUGAGUUAUUGGAAUGUUUUAUUUUGCUGA